UAUUUAAAGUCCCACCCCUACCCACAAUUUCCUCAUCAUCUGAUUUAUCUCUCUAUAAUCUCUCAUCUUCUUCGGCAAAUAUCAAAUUUCAAUUCCUCUUCUCUAAAGAUGCAGAUCUUCGUGAAAACCCUCACCGGCAAGACGAUCACUCUCGAAGUCGAGAGCUCCGACACGAUCGACAACGUCAAGACCAAGAUCCAGGACAAGGAGGGGAUCCCGCCGGACCAGCAGAGGCUGAUCUUCGCCGGCAAGCAGUUAGAGGACGGCCGCACCCUCGCCGAUUACAAUAUUCAGAAGGAGUCGACCCUCCAUCUGGUGCUCCGAUUGAGGGGAGGGAUGCAGAUCUUCGUGAAAACCCUCACCGGCAAAACCAUAACCCUAGAGGUGGAGAGCUCUGACACCAUAGACAACGUGAAGACUAAGAUCCAGGACAAGGAAGGGAUCCCUCCCGACCAGCAGAGGCUGAUCUUCGCCGGGAAGCAGCUUGAGGACGGCCGCACCCUUGCGGACUACAACAUCCAGAAGGAAUCUACUCUCCAUUUGGUUCUCCGAUUGAGGGGAGGUAUGCAGAUCUUUGUCAAAACCCUCACCGGGAAGACCAUAACCCUGGAGGUUGAAAGUUCUGAUACCAUCGAUAACGUGAAGACUAAGAUCCAGGAUAAGGAAGGAAUCCCCCCAGACCAGCAGAGACUAAUCUUCGCCGGAAAGCAGCUUGAGGAUGGCCGUACUCUUGCCGACUACAACAUACAGAAGGAGUCCACUCUUCACUUGGUCCUCCGGCUCAGGGGUGGUAUGCAGAUCUUUGUGAAAACCCUGACCGGAAAGACAAUCACCCUGGAGGUGGAAAGCUCGGACACGAUCGAUAAUGUGAAGACAAAGAUUCAAGACAAGGAGGGGAUUCCACCAGAUCAGCAGAGGUUGAUCUUUGCUGGUAAGCAGCUGGAAGAUGGCAGGACCUUGGCCGACUAUAACAUUCAGAAGGAGUCCACUCUGCACCUUGUCCUUCGUCUCCGUGGGGGUUUCUGAACUGCUCUUUAACUUUGUGUUUCGUCUCUGUCUGUCUUCCUUUGUGUCUGUCAUGUCUGUUUGAAUAAUUGAAUUUUCAUUUGUUUUAAAACAAGGUGUAGCAAUGUUCUCUUUAUUUUAAUUUCCCAGCAGUUCCAAAAUGCAACCAGUGUGAGAUCACUAAAUAGUAAAAGGCUUAAAAAACCCGGAACACGUACAAAUGGGAUGGACUUAUAAGGGGACUAUAUAAUUG